CUUGUAUCCGUCUGUUUUGCGUCAUUUGAAACGGCAUGGAUGAUAUAUUUAAAACUUUAUAACUAAUUUUUACAUGUGUAAGAGGAUCUAUUGCAUUACUUUCUUCUGUUACUGAUUUGAAAACGACCUGGAUCACGCUUGGAAUAUAUGGAUCCGUAGAUGAACCGCAAUUAACGGAUUUUUUAUAGUUAUUAAUAUAAUAUUGAUAUUUUAAAUAAUAUUUCUAAGAAAGAUACUUGGAUUUGCAUUGACAUUUUAUGUAAAAUAUAUUUGUUUAUUUGUUUAUAAAUUGCUGGUGUUCUGGUCGUUUGAAAGUUUAUUUUUAAUCUCACGCGGACAUUUUGCGAUCUAUGAAAUCAUAUUUCUUCACUUAAAUGGAAAUUCAUAACAUUUGAAGGUUUAAAUGAAAAAAAUCCUGAUUCUCAAUGUCGUGUUGGACUUUUGGGCUCCAGCGUGUCUCUCCACCCAAUCAGCAGCUCUGUGUAAAGAUGCGACCAACUAGGUAGACAUGCACCACUGCAAUUCAUCUGGCCUUGCGCCGCUCAACCCCUUCACCAAUCACAGUCAGUGGGAGGGUCAGGUGACCUUUCCAACACUCGGCAAUCCCGAAAAUGUCACCUCAGACCGGCCAAUCCUGAGCGGCCCUAUAGCUGCCAUGCUGUCAAUGAUCCUGGGCAUCCUGUCUAACAUAUUGGCUUUACUGAUCCUGGCGAACGCAUACGUCCGCCUGCGUCGGCGAUCCAAAGCAUUCCUCCUAUUCGCAAGCUCUCUAGUGGCCACUGAUUUUGUGGGACAUGUGAUACCUGGUUCAAUAGUAAUGAGACUUUACCUUUCUGGAGGUGUACCGUCUGCAGAAUACAACAGGUCGGAUACACUAUGCCAGUUCCUAGGGGGCAGCCUGGUGUUUUUCGGCCUGUGCCCGCUCUUUCUCGGUUGCGCUAUGGCGGCCGAGAGGUGUUUGGGGGUCACAAAGCCACUGCUGCACGCUUCGCUGGUUACAACAACAAGGACUAAAUUUUCUCUUGCUCUUAUCUGGUUGGUGGCUCUUUGCGUUGCCCUCCUACCCUGCUUCAAGCUGGGCUCAUAUACCUACCAGUACCCUGGAACCUGGUGUUUCAUUAAAGUUCUGGAGGAUAUCGAAGAAGCAGACGUUGCUUUUGUUAUGCUCUUCUCAGGGCUGGGGAUGACAUCCCUGACUGUCGCUUUGGUCUGUAACACCAUAAGUGGACUGACGUUGGUGUUGGCCAGGAUACGCAGGCAACCUUGCAACCGCCGGUCAGCUAGGUCACAUGACAUCGAGAUGGUGGUGCAACUUGUGGGCAUAAUGGUCACGUCUUGUAUCUGCUGGAGCCCUCUUUUGAUUGUUGGCCUGAUUACAGUAACACACUCGUACGAGGGCUCCAUAGGAGACGACCUUCCCACCUAUAAGACCCUGAUGAUAAUGGGGGUGCGGAUAGCUUCAUGGAACCAAAUCCUGGACCCGUGGGUCUACAUUCUUCUUCGCCGAGCCAUCCUCCGAAAGAUUUACUAUAUCACCAAACGUCAAACAGAUUUCAAACAAAACACUUUGCGAUGCUGGGAGAUCCAUUCCUUUCCCAGUUCUGAGAAAAAUAAUGUCAGUAAAGUUUAGGUGAAAAGAGCUUCUACAAAAAGACGCUGAAAGCUAUUCAGAAAAUAAUCUGUGUUUUCAAGUUCUAAUUUCAACCACAAUUAAAGGGAUAGUUCACCCAAAAAUGAAAGUUCUGUUAUCAUUUACUCCCCUCAUGUUGUUACAAACCUGUAUACAUUUUUUUGUUUUGUUAUAUUUUGAGGAAUGUUUGUUACCAAAUCGUUCAUAAGCCCCAUUCACUUCCAUAGAAUUAUUUUCCCUACUAUGAAAGUGAAUGGUGCCCAUGAUUGGUUUGAUUAUAAACAUUCCUCAAAAUAUCUUCCUAAAUGUAUACAGGUUUGUAACAACAUGAGAAUGAAAAAAAUAUAACAGCAUUUUCAUUAUUGGGUGAACUAUCCCUUUAAAUGAAUCAAUAAACAGGUCUUAUCAGCAGGAAAGGCUAAAUUUUGCUUACUGUGACUUAUAGUGGAUGCCUAAUGGGUGUACCUGAAUAUGAUGAUUUGCUUCCUUUGCAAUUACCGUGAUGCACUAUCAAUAUUAAAAGCGUAUUUAUUGAAGCAGAUUUGCACAGAGAUGGACAUUCCUAUUGUUCUUUAGCAAGCUCCUUUACUCAUUCCUAUAACUCCUAUAAUGGACAAUAUAACCUUAUCUUACUCAUCCAGUGUUAAAUCUCUAGGCCAUUUGAAAUAUGUACAGUAACUGCUCUACAAGAACAUAUAUGGCAGGGAGAGUGGAGGGAAAAGUACACUAACCCUUUAAUGAUUGUAAAACUUUGUACAGCUUUACAUCAAAUAUAAGCUUGUAAUUUUAUGUGAUGAACAUUAUUUUUCUUUGUAGAAGAUUAAGUUUUCCCAUGUUGAUCUGGGAUUUGUUAUUGUGGAUGUAAACAAUUACUAUUAUUGUAAUUUAUUGAUUGUGUACCCCUUCAAUUUUCUGGAGGCUAUUUGUGUUAUUUUACAUUGAAAAGGAUUACACAUAAUAAAACAAAAACGUUAUUAUGUGAACGCAAUUUAGAAUGUUA